AUGCCACCGGCAUUCUUCAUACACCCACGGCAAGCUGGGCCUGUCCUCGAGCCCGACAAUGAUUCACAAGACUUCUGGAAUUGGAGAAAACAUGCUAAAGACGAAGACCUCAUCCUCGAGUCCUGGUCACAGGGUUUUGUCGUCGGGGCUCUUGGGCUGAUGGCCUGCAUUACAAUUGCAAACAUGAGGAGGAGAGUACUGCUCCACAAGCUCAUUCUUGUUGAGCAACUCUUCGCCUUAUCUCACGGGUCUUUCUGCUUUAUGAACUUUGAUGGAUAUGGCUGGUAUUUGUCCAGUACUGCCGCGUUGUUGUACUUGAGCUACAUUCUUCACAACGUGGUUGCAUGGAUGAAAAUCAAGCCGUUCUUCGAAGGAAAGUCAACUAUCUUCAGUGCCAAGUUUGUUAGGUGGACCACACCGAUAUACAUCUCGACAUUAUGUCUUACGGUGCCUGUUAUACUCUUUCAGAUCACUGACAAUUUCCGAUACUUCAAUGGCUAUGGAGGUUGGUAUGUUGCGGUGCGGCCAUACGAGCCAUUGAUGAGAUCCUACGGCAUGAAGAUAACCAUGAUCAUCAAGCGAUCGCCUAGAUUCGGUAUCCUGUUCGCCUCGCUUAUCUUGGCGUUGAUUUUCACAGGGUUUGACGUUGCUGCAAGCAUCCACCCUUUCAUUGGGGAUACGGAUGGCAUAAAUCCAUUCUGGAAGCUAAGCUUGGUCUUCAAAUGCUUGACUGACGCCAUCUUACUGGACGAUUUUAAGACAGAACUGAAGAGACUAGGCGUGAAAAGAAUUAAGAAAGACGAGAAAAGGAGGGCCAGUUUUGCACUUACUCUCAGUGAUGAUCAUACUCACGACAGCGACGAAGAAGCUGCGAUGCAUUAUUCCAACGGCACCAUCGACACAACUGAUGUGCGCACAAACAGCUUCGCCUUGCAUCCUUCGAGCAGCCCGCACAAUCGAAAGAAGAACAGCGACGUAGGGGAUUCUGAGCAGGUCGAAUUCAUGUCAGCUUUGCACACGUUUCCGAGUCAGCUAAGUAGUGAUCGGGAAAGCAGACGUCCGAGCAUGCAACGCGCCCAAAUCGGACAAGGAGGGACCCCUGCCACGAAGCUUCCCAGAUUGUUUGCAGCCAUCAAGCCUGGUAGAAAAGCCAAGAAAUCCACAACCGAACCAGCGAGGAACGACAGUAUCGGGACCUCAGAUACGGAAGACCUUCAGCCAGAAAUGCAAGAAUCCAAGUCAAAAAGUAAGGCAAAGACUAUCACUGCGGGGUCAGACGAGAUUGUGUGGGAAGACGAUUCGCUGCAACGAGCAAAAGAAGAACAAGCUCGCACAAUCGAAGAGUUGAAACAGCGGCAAGAAAACUCUGCGACGAGGAUGAGUGCCACCAGUCCCCACUCUGCGGACAGGCUACGGCAGCAAAGGAGACAGAAUCUCCGUCGAGAUUCAUGGGACGAACUCAAUGAACUUGAUGAAGAGGAAGACGAAGGUCCGAGCUCAAGCUCACAAGGGUCGAGUUCGAAGAUUUCAUGA